AUGGCAAGGAAAAGAAAAUAUGUGGCAUACCGCUAUGAGUCCGAUUCGGACGAUGAUACGACAACAGCCUAUGCCAGGAUGGUAGCAGUAUCAGCCAGCGGUCGCAGGCAAGUCAUCAUGCCUUGCUCCCCGACAAAAAAUAGGGCGGGUGAUGGGGUGGAACACCAAUUUCCCCUGCAAACUGAUACUUGGGAGUCAACCCUUGGUGAUUACUUUGUGUUCGACAACGAUGUUGAGCCCCAACCCGUCAUGGUGGUCAAGGCGCCAGCAAAACGUUACGCGAACUCAGAUGCACCUUUGCAUGAAUGGAUGGGCGUCAAGGAGCAUGUUGGAUUCCGUGAAGAAUACCUUCUCGAGGAGCUACGUCUGGAGGGCCGUGAUUGUUUUGGACCGGAGAUUAUGUGCAAGACUUGUUGUUUAUUAAAGCAUGCACAUCACCCUCUACAUAUCAUCAAUAAAUGGAACGGGAUUUAUUUUGAGCGCACUGCCUUGGCCGACAUGGGCUUGAGAGUUCAACUGGGACACGAAGGCAUGCCAUGUUUAUGUCCGCAAAGAGGGCAUAUUUCCUUUGUCGUUAUUCACACCAACGCAAUUCAUCGAGUACAUGUUGAUUUCUGUGGGUGCCAUCAGCGAAUUUCUCAUCGCCAGCAACUGUUACGUUGCGAGUGGUACCCGGCUACCCUACAUUUUCCUCAGAGUGCCUGUACGAAACGGGUUCUAGAGUUCUUCCUUGUUUUGACGUGGUCAAGCAAAGUAUCUGGCUACGAGUUCUACUCAAGUCUUGAACGACUCACUGACAACACGGGUUUGAAUGUACCUAAGAACAGGAAUCGAUCUUCUGGCGUAGCCGAUCCUGGGCUGUACACAGGUCUGGCAUACUUCGUUCCAGACAAACCUUACACAGAACACUCUGAUAUUAGCACUUGUUCAGGGUUUAAGACAUUGGCGCACGCUGAAUCGAAAUACGCUAAUAUGGAUUUCAUCUUUUUUUCAUCCAUCAUACCUCUCCUCCUUCUCUCCGUCGUCAUAUCUUAUGACAUCGCUUGCCAGUGGAAGCUCAAUCUCGCAAAGAGAAUGAAUGAGCUUCCAGAACAUCUUCAGAUGCCAGCGGCUGUCACUCUUGCAGCAUUUAUUUUUGGAAUCCCUAAGUUUCACUGUGUAGGACGGACUGAUGGCGAGGGAAUCGAGCGCAAUUGGGCAGAGAUGAAUCGUGUUGCAAACAGCACAAAGGAAAUGGGCGCCGGACUCUUGCUAUGGAGAAAACUUCUCAAUGCCAUCAAGGAACGUGGUCGCCACCAGUCCUUUUUGCGUGAUUUUAAUUUGACGAUUGAUGAUGGCCAUCGAGGAGAAUGGACUGCGAUGGUCGAGGCUUGGGAACAGCGACAAAUCAAGUCCGAAUCCAUAUGUGCUCAGCAGAAUCAGUAA